AUGUCUUCACAGACUGCCAACCCCUGGACAACACACCUGGUCUCCGUCAACCUCUUCGGACUCUCCCACCAACAGCGAACCUGCCCAAUCUGCCACCUUAACUUCGUCGACCCGGUCGUCUUGCCCUGCCAUUCCAACCACCAGUACUGUCGAUCUUGCAUAGUCACCUGGCUGAACGAGACUGAAUCCAACGCAUCCUGUCCCAUCUGCCGUGCAGCUUUCGUGGCCUCGGUGGAGGCCCCAGACCUGAACCAUCUCCAGCAAGUCCAGCUUGCGCUUCAGAUCUCGUCGCUCCAGCUACCAAAGGAUCGCGAGGCACCCACGUGGAUGGACACAUUCGGAUUGGAGUUGCUGACCCCUGGCUUGGACUUCUUCAGCAAUGGUCAGAUCUUCGAUACCGCCACUCUGGCAGCGAGGUACCUCGCCCAGGCAAUAGCCCCCAGCAAUUCUGUCUCCAACGAGAGCUCCAAGGGAGUCGGAUGCUUCGAUGCUGACAAGCUACUAGUCCACCUGCUCGUCAUGGCAAAACUGCUCAAAGCACAUGCUGCUGUCCAACGCAACGGCUUCACACCCAGCGACACCAGCGAGUGGACGCUGAUAGUGACGAAAAUCGGGCGAUCCAUCAGCUCCCACCACGGUAAGGUGAGAGAUAUCACCACCUUCCAGAGGAGGCUUCAACGCAAGAUUGACUUCGACAAGAGCACCAGAGGCCUGGACUUCCUGGUCGAGCCUUGGACCAGGGCUUGCGUCGAUCAACUACUCGACUACGUCUUCUUUGUGGCUAGGGAGGAGGCGAAGAACCGCAACAUCCAGGGGCUCUCGCACAAAGUGAAGAAGAAGGUGGCCAAAGCAGCUCAUCACGGAGCCGCGGCGGUGGAUGGCUCUCAUUUGACCGUCGGAAAAGAAAGAAGACAGAAGAGGCUGGGACCACUUCCCACGUAUCUGCCAAGAGCUGUUUCCCAAUCAGGCCAGGGCAGUCUAGCUUUUCCGGGCCGCGCUUCCCCCCUGACAACUCCGAUGUUCUGUGCGAAUUACAACGAUGCGGAACCCAGUCCUUGA